AUGGCGGAAGAGCCGACUUCCCCCGCGAACCAGGGCAAAUGGGUCGAGAAGUCCGAGAACAAAAUGAUGCAGGCCCGAAACCUCAUCCGUGACAUGCUCACAGUCGUCCGCAACAACGAGGUGGUGGAGGCCUCCAACAAAGCCGCCAUGCAAGAAGCUGACAAACGAGAGAAAGAGGCAAAGAAGGCUGUGGUCUUCAGCAAGGCUGCAGCCCACGAGAAAGUCAUUGCCACUUCUUUCAAGUGCAUGCAGGAUAUCGAGGACGGCAUUCUGCAGACAGAGGACAGCCUCAGCAAACUAACGCACGAACGCUACAGAGGGUUUGCGUAUCUUCAGGUUUGCGAGCGUCGGCUUGAGCUGCGGGAGAAGCGGCCACCGGCGGAAACGUUCCAAGACGCCACGGCCCAAGCAAACGCAAGCUAUGUCCAAGUAAAAGACUUGCCCUUUGGAGCCUUGAGUUGA